AUGAAUUCGUAUUUGAAAGAACUUCAAAAAUUUGACGAACAAACUUCAAGAUUUUAUUUUCGUUAAAUAAUGACAGCUUUAAUUCAUAUGAAAAAACAUAACAUUUGUCAUUUAGAUUUAAAACCAGAUAAUAUUGUGUUUGACUCAGAUUUUAAUUUGAAAAUUACAGAUUUUGGAUUUUCUAAAUAAGUAUAAGGAUCGAUAAACGACUUCUUUGGAGGAACAAAAUGUAUGUUUACUAUUUAAAAUUUUAGCUUAUAUAGCACCUGAACUUUUGGAUAGAAUAGCCUAUGAUGGAUCAAAAGUUGAUGUUUUUGCUGCUGCUUAAAUAUUAUUUGCAAUGAUGACUAGUUGUUUUGCUUUUCGAAAUUGUUAAGAAUAACCAUAUAAUUUAAUUAAAUAGAAUGAUUAUGCCUAAUUUUGGAAUUUUUAAAAUAAUUCACAUUAAACACUAUUUCCAUAAGGAUUUCCAGAUGAUUUUAAGUAUUUUAUAUUUUUCUAUAUUUUAAGAGAUCUGAUUAAUAAGAUGUUUGAUCCUGAUUUCAAUAGAAGAAUAACACCUGAAGAAUGUUUGUAACAUCCUUGGACAAUGGGUGUAGAAGCUAAUUUAUAUUAAAUAUAAGAAUAAUUCAAUAAUUUAUAGGAAAGAAUAAAUCAAUAGUUGGAAUAAUAAAAAGAGGAAUAUAAACGUAAAAAAUAGAAGAUGAGAGAUUAUGAAAGAGCAGCAUAAGAAAUGAGGAAUUUAUUGCAAUAAUCAUAAUAAUCAUAUAAAUGA